GCAGCCGCAGCCCCCGGACCCGGAGGGUUAUGCGCGAACCAUGAGGCGGCUGCAGCGCUGGGCGUUCGCGGCUCUGCUGCUGCUGCUGCCGCUGCUCCCCCCGCCCGGUCUUGGGGCCCGGGGUCCCAGUGGAGCUCUGCGCUGGAGGGGUUCACGCCAUGUGGGGAGCCCAGAAGCCCCCGAGGUCACAGAGCCCAGCCGCCUGGUAGGGGAGAGCUCUGGCGGAGAGAUCCGAAAGCAGCAGCUGGACACCAGGGUUCGUCAGGAGCCACCAGGGGGCCCGCCUGUGCACCUGGCCCAGGUGAGUUUCGUCAUCCCAGCCUUCAACUCCAACUUCACUCUGGACCUGGAGCUGAACCAUCACCUCCUCUCCUCUCAGUAUGUGGAACGUCACUUCAGCCGAGAGGGGACCACCCAGCACAGCACCGAGGCUGGAGACCACUGCUACUACCAGGGGAAGCUCCGGGGUAACCCGCACUCCUUCGCGGCUCUGUCCACCUGCCAGGGGCUGCGGGGGGUCUUCUCUGAUGGGAACCUGACUUACAUCGUGGAACCGCAAAAGAUGGCUGGGCCUUGGAGGGGAGCCCCUCAGGGACCCCUUCCCCACCUCAUUUACCGGACCCCUCUCCUCCCAGCCCCCCUCGGAUGCAGGGAACCAGGCUGCCUGUUUGCUGCCCCUGCCUAUUCUGCUCCUCCAAACCGGCUGAGGCUGAGAAGGAAAAGGCAGGUCCGCAGGGGCCACCCCACAGUACACAGUGAGACCAAAUAUGUGGAGCUGACUGUGAUCAACGACCACCAGCUGUUCGAGCAGAUGCGGCAGUCAGUGGUCCUCACCAGCAACUUUGCCAAGUCUGUGGUGAACCUGGCAGAUGUGAUAUAUAAGGAGCAGCUCAACACCCGCAUUGUGCUGGUUGCCAUGGAAACAUGGGCAGAUGGGGACAAGAUCCAGGUGCAGGAUGACCUCCUGGAGACCCUAGCCCGACUUAUGGUCUACCGGCGGGAGAGUCUGCCUGAGUCCAGCGAUGCCACCCACCUCUUCUCGGGCAGGACCUUCCAGAGCACCAGCAGCGGGGCAGCCUAUGUGGGAGGCAUCUGCUCGCUGUCCAGGGGUGGGGGUGUGAAUGAGUAUGGGAACAUGGGGGCGAUGGCAGUGACCCUAGCCCAGACACUGGGGCAGAAUCUGGGCAUGAUGUGGAACAAACACCGGAGCUCAGCAGGGGACUGCAAAUGUCCAGACAUCUGGCUGGGCUGCAUCAUGGAGGACACUGGGUUCUACCUGCCCCGCAAGUUCUCGCGCUGCAGCAUCGAUGAGUACAACCAGUUUUUGCAGGAGGGCGGCGGAAGCUGCCUCUUCAACAAGCCCCUCAAGCUCCUGGACCCCCCCGAAUGCGGAAAUGGCUUCGUGGAGACCGGGGAGGAGUGCGAUUGCGGCUCGGUGCAGGAGUGCAGCCGCGCGGGUGGCAACUGCUGCAAGAAAUGCACCCUGACUCACGACGCCAUGUGCAGCGACGGGCUCUGCUGUCGCCGCUGCAAGUACGAGCCGCGAGGCGUCUCUUGCCGAGAAGCCGUGAACGAGUGCGACAUCGCCGAGACCUGCACCGGGGAUUCAAGCCAGUGUCCCCCAAACCUGCACAAGCUGGAUGGUUACUACUGUGAUCAUGAGCAGGGCCGCUGUUAUGGGGGUCGUUGCAAAACCCGAGACCGGCAGUGCCAGGCCCUUUGGGGUCAUGUGGCUGCUGAUCGCUUCUGCUAUGAGAAACUGAACGUGGAGGGAACAGAGCGUGGGAACUGUGGGCGCAAGGGGUCAGGCUGGGUCCAAUGCAAUAAGCAGGAUGUGCUCUGUGGCUUCCUCCUCUGUGUCAACAUCUCUGGAAGUCCUCGGCAGGGGGACUUGGGGGGAGACAUCAGCAGUGUCACCUUCUACCACCAGGGCAAAGAGUUGGACUGCAGGGGAGGCCAUGUGCAGCUGGCUGAUGGCUCAGACCUGAGCUAUGUAGAGGACGGCACGGCUUGUGGGCCCAACAUGCUGUGCCUGGACCACCGCUGCCUGCCAGCCUCUGCCUUCAACUUCAGCACCUGCCCGGGCAGUGGGGAGCGCCGGGUCUGCUCCCACCACGGGGUCUGCAGCAAUGAAGGGAAGUGCAUCUGUCAGCCCGACUGGACAGGCAAAGACUGCAGUAUCCACAACCCGCUGCCCACAUCCCCACCCACUGGGGAGACGGAGAGAUAUAAAGGUCCCAGCGGCACCAACAUCAUCAUUGGCUCCAUCGCCGGGGCUGUCCUGGUUGCAGCCAUCGUCCUGGGCGGCACGGGCUGGGGAUUUAAAAACAUCCGCAGAGGAAGGUAUGACCCGACCCAGCAGGGGGCAGUGUGACGCCGCCCCGUCAUCCCUCCCGCUGUCCUUGUCUCCUCCAUCUCAUUCGUCCCUCGCAUUUGUUGAUGGGGAGCUGGGGCUGAUUCCCUCUUGCAGCCCUGCUGGCAGCCUGGGAAGAAAGUCCUCGGCCUGCCCUGUCCCUUCCUCCUUGUCCACCUGUUCUCUUGGGCCGUGGUCCAUCUUCUGUUGCCUUUCCUGUGG